AACAAAUUGUCUUUAAAAUAUCCCCAAAAUGAGCGCAUCAGGGAAAGUAGAAGCCGUCGUUCGUAUCCGGCCGACAGCGCGAUUUGCGCAAGACAUGAUUGAUUUACAACAGGACGGGAAAUCGAUGACCAUCCAUUGCAGUAAAGACACGCGCCGAGGGUACAUCAACAAUCAAGUGCUUGACUGGAAUUUCCAGCUCAACAAAGUCCUUCAUAACGCGAGCCAAGAGACGGUAUACGAGGAGUGUGCCAGAAAACUCGUAACGAGCACUCUGGACGGGUAUAAUGGUACAGUUAUGGCGUACGGGCAAACAGGAUCCGGCAAGACGUUCACUAUGACUGGAUCGACGGAGAAAUUCGAGCAUCGCGGAAUUAUACCAAGAUCCAUUCAACAACUGUUUAGGGAGAUAGCCGACCGGCCCAAUAGCUCAGUUACAGUACGGAUCUCGUAUUUGGAGAUUUACAAUGAAGGGAUGUAUGAUUUGCUCUCGACACUGCCAGGAGUUUUGCCUGUCGAUCCAAGCACCAUGACCGUGUCGGAAGAUGUCACAGGACUGACUCAUGUCAAAGGCUUGAGUGUGCAUACGGCCAUCAACGAGGAAGAAGCAUUAAAUCUGCUAUUUGAGGGUGAAACCAAUAGAAUAAUAGCUCAGCAUUCCCUGAACAAGCGGUCGUCACGUUCACACUGCAUCUUCACACUCUACGUAGAAACCCACUCACGAGUUGAGUCAAACACAAAGUACACCCUCUCCAAACUGAACCUGGUCGACUUAGCAGGUUCUGAACGCCUUGGCAAGACUGAGUCACAAGGCAGUACCCAAACUGAGGCGAUGUACAUUAACAAGUCAUUGACCUUUCUGGAGCAGGCAGUGAUAGCUCUUGGUGAUAACCACCGGGAUCACGUGCCUUACCGUCAAAGCAAGCUAACACACGUGCUAAAGGACUCAAUCGGCGGCCGCUGUAAAAUGAUGCUAAUUGCUAACAUCUGGGGAGAGGCUUCUCAAAUUGAGGAAACAUUGUCCACCUUGCGGUUCGCAAGCCGCAUGAUGAAUGUUCCCUGUGAGCCUGCAAUCAUGGAGCACUUUGACUAUAUGAAGCUCUGUCAAGAAUACCAGAAAGAGAUAAAAAACCUCCGUAAGGAGCUGGCCAUGCACGACACCCUGACCAACCGCAGCCAGAUCUCCUAUGAACCACUCUCAGAGUCACAAAUUGAAGAUGUGAAGGACCAAGUAAAGAGAUUCCUGUCAGGUGACCUGGAUGACAUUGAACUUGUCAACAUGAGACAAAUAAAGGAAACAUUUGCACAGUUCAGGAAAAUUGUGAACUCCAUGGAGGAAGAAGUGGAAGAGAGGGUGAAGCAGAAUUUGGAGCAAGAACGCAGUGUGGCCUCAGCUGCAGGAGGGAAGCCGGGUACAGCGAUGGCAGGCGAGGGUGGUCUGGUGGGGGACGUGGACGGAAAUGGGUUCGGUGUGGGCGUGGCAGGGACAGGGGUACGUCCAAACGUCAGUGCCCUUGUCGGCUCAAAACGCAGUAAAAGUCGUAAAAGUCGAGACAGGGAUAGUACUGGCAAGAAGUCUCCCGCUGCUCCUGGGGAUAACGGGUUGGAUGGCGAUAAGGCGAGUUCCCCUACCUCAGAGGGCUCAGGUAACCGACCGACCACACCUCCACCCAAAAAUGAGGCUUUUGAAGACUUCAAGAAGGAGCGAGGCAGUGAAAUCAAUAGGAUCCUCAAUGAGAAUAAACAAAUUUUACGCGAAAAGAAGCGGUCAGCCAAAGAACUGUCAAGCCGUGUGAACAGCAUCAAAUCAGAGAUCGACCAGGAGGCGGCGAUUCUCGAGUCAAAACAGGACGAGAGACUGGAGCAGGGAGAUUACAUCACGCAGAACGGACAGAGAUUCAUUGACGAAGACGAGUACGAACAUCUGAAGAAACUGAAAGAGCUGAAAGCAAGUUACCGCGAGUCCUACGAGGAACUAAAAAGCACCAAGUCGGAUGUGACCUACUGCGAAAAACUUGUCGAUCAGUGCCGUCAGCGUUUGCUAACAGAGUUUGACAGCUGGUACACCGAGUCGUUCCUAGGCCCCGACGAACAAACAGACAGCUCGGUACCAGGCGUUCGCAAGGUAUCGCGUGAUGGUCACGUGCCGGAAGACGAGCAGGAAAAGUUUGACCGGUUGCAGUUGGAACUUCUGAUGGAAAAUCCAGACUCCGUCCCGUACUACAAUGCAAAGAUGCAAACCGAGCGUCGAAUGCACCUAACGGCCAGCGGGAGGCAGCGCAGGCUCAAGCCUGGAGCAAUUGUCGCCACUGUUAGAAAUAAGCCUCCAACGACAUUGAUAAUCACAUGAGUUUAUAUUUGAAUUAUUGACCGGUUGAUAUAUUUUUAUAAAGACACUCACAUUCAACAAGGCAAGUUAGGGAUGACCUCCAGUUACUUCAGAUAUCUGACUACGAAAUAAUAAAUAUACACAAGUGACUAGGUCACUCCACACAUA